AUGCCCGGCGUGGCGCCGCCUCAAACACCUCACCGGCUGCUUGCCGCUCGCGCCUGGCCCGCCCUACGCAUUACGGUGGCAGCGGUAUCCCAGACUCCCCGUCGACUACCGCAUCGCAGGCACCUCACCAGCCCGGCGCAAUGUGGCGCGUUGAGCUCCCCGUCGUCGACAUCCUCUGUGUGCCCGGAACAAAAGCAAUACUCACCGUCCGGCAUGGCGGCAGCGCAAGGCCAAGGCGAGGAGCGGCCGCUGUACAAGGACGCGUCGGCGCCGGUGGAGGCGCGCGUGCGCGACCUGCUGGGCCGCAUGACGCUGCGGGAGAAGGCGGGGCAGAUGGCCCAGGUCGAGCUCUCCGUGGCGUCGCCCCGCGCCCUCGCGGAGCUCGGCGUCGGCAGCCUCCUCAACGGCGGCGGCAGGCCGCCCUUCGAUGGCGCCUCCCCGUCCGACUGGGCCGGCGUGGUCGACGGCAUGCAGCGCCUCGCGCUCUCGUCCCGCCUCGCCGUCCCCAUCAUCUACGGCAUCGACGCCGUCCACGGCAACAACAACGUCGUCGGCGCCACCAUCUUCCCCCACAGCGUCGGCCUCGGAGCCUCCAGGGAUGCCGAGCUUGUGCGGAAGAUCGGCGAGGCGACGGCGCUCGAGGUUCGCGCCACCGGCAUGCACUGGACCUUCGCCCCCUGCGUCGCCGUUUGUAGGGAUUCGAGGUGGGGGAGAUGCUACGAGAGCUACAGCGAGGACCCGGAGAUGGUGCGCUCCUUCACCACCAUCGUCGCCGGCCUGCAGGGCCAGCCACCGGCAGACCACCCCCAUGGCUACCCGUUCCUCCAUUCCGUUAGGGAGAAUGUGCUUGCAUGUGCCAAGCAUUAUGUAGGGGAUGGUGGCACUCACAAGGGGAUCAAUGAAGGGAACACCAUUUGCUCUCUGGACGAUUUGGAAAGGAUCCACAUGAAACCUUACCCUGAUUGUAUAAGUCAAGGGGUGGCAACGGUCAUGGCAUCCUUCUCUCAAUGGAAUGGGGAGCCGUUACAUGCCAGCCACCAUUUGCUCACCGAUGUUUUAAAGGGCAAGUUAGGCUUCCAGGGCUUUGUGGUGUCGGACUGGGAAGGUAUUGACCAUCUUUGCGAGCCUCGAGGGUCGGAUUAUCGACAUUGCAUUGCCCAAGCAGUAAAUGCUGGAAUGGAUAUGGUUAUGAUACCUUUCAGAUUUGAGAAAUUCUUGGAAGAUCUUGUGUUCUUGGUGGAGACGGGGGAGAUACCUUUAUCACGAAUUGAUGACGCCGUUGAGAGGAUUCUAAGAGUUAAGUUCGUAUCUGGAGUUUUUGAGCAUCCGUUUUCAGAUCCAGCUCUACUCAACGUAAUUGGUUGCAAGGAGCAUCGUCUGCUAGCACGUGAGGCUGUUCGAAAGUCUUUGGUGCUUUUGAAAAAUGGCAAGAAUCGGAAGGAACCUUUCCUCCCCUUAGCCAAGAAUGCAACAAGAAUACUCGUCACAGGGACACAUGCUGACAAUGUUGGAUACCAGUGCGGUGGGUGGACAAUAUCUUGGCAUGGUGAUAGUGGAAAGAUUACUCCGGGUACAAGCAUAUUAGAGGCCAUACAACAAUCUGUGGAAGUGGAAACUGAAGUUGUGUAUGAUGAAUGCCCAAUAGAUGCUACCAUUGAAGCAGGCAAAUUUUCUUAUGCAGUUGUCGUAAUUGGUGAGGUACCCUAUGCAGAAAGCUUGGGGGAUAGAACCGACCUCAGUAUUCCAUUCAAUGGUUCCGAUCUUAUUACUCGUGUUGCCAAUAAAGUCCCUACCCUAGUGAUUGUUAUAUCUGGAAGGCCCUUGGUUAUUGAGCCGCAAGUACUUGAGAAGGUAGAUGCUCUAGUUGCCGCUUGGCUGCCCGGAAGUGAGGGCAUGGGAGUUGCUGAUUGCCUCUUUGGAGACCAUGAUUUUGUGGGCACGUUGCCUGUAACUUGGUUUAGAUAUGACGACCAGCUGCCUAUAAAUAUUGGAGGUGCUAAUUAUGAUCCAUUAUUUCCUUUUGGAUAUGGACUCAAAUGUUCAAAAGCCAUGGAGAUUUAG